ACACUACAGUGUCAGGGUUUAAGCCUUUAAUACAACAUUCAAAAGAAAAACAAUAAAAACAAAUAAAGUCUGUGCUGAAGUUGGAAUUUAAUCUUUUUAAUUGACAUGAGGACCGCAAGUCCAUCCAUAAGAAUUCUAUAAAUCCAUGUGCUGAGGAAGAUCAUGGAAUAUGAUCAAAAGCCACAGAGUGAAAGAUAAUCCAACACAUAGGGGAGUAAAUGCUGCUGCACUUCAAGUUCAAGUUCAGUGAAUUAACAUGCUGUUCUAACACAUUAAUUAUCUGGCAGCCUGUAUUAUUGUGUAAUAUGCCUGUUAAUUAGGCUAGAAUACAUUUAUUAUAAAAUGAAUUCAUUCAGAAGUAAAUAAACGGGGGAAAGACACACCAAAACACGAAUAAUGUGUGGCUUUGCUUGUUACUUAAUAAGUAAAUAGUGGCUAAAUGUUAUAGUCAAACUAGGGAAAUAUAUAUUUUUUAUGUGUUAUUAUAAAUACACCAGCAUGUCUAUAUUUGACCGAGUAAGGUUUUAGGGUUACAGCCGUUACUGCUGCCUGCGCACGCCGGGUCACCUCCCCGCGCCCGGUCUGGUGAAAUCUGAGAAGUGCCGACGCAGCAGCUGCAGCAGCCGGUGAAUGAAGCUGCCUUUUCCGCUCACGCUGCUGGGAGCUGGGAGCAGCACUCGGCGGGGACUCGUCGUGGUGUUCCCUAACUUUAGCAGUCAGCUAAAGGGAACUCCGCCGACAAACAACAUGGCAAAAGUAAACAGCGGUUCCUCCGGUUGUCGAGCCAUGGUGAUGGCAGGAAAGUACCUGUCGAGUCCCUCACCGCCGGCGCUCACUCGGAAUUCCGGCCACCGACAGCGGAGGAUGUUCGGCCCACAGCGCCGCAUGGCGAGCUCUGACGCGGCUGACGCGGGAGGAAAGACCGCGGCUUUGGCCCACAAGGAGCACCUGGGGUUCUUCUCCGCCUCAGACCGGCACGCGUUGGCCAACCGGAAUUUGAUAUACCGCGACGUGAGAGCUUUCCUCAAUGAGGUCGGCGGAGACCCACGGGAGGCUCGGUACUGGCUGACCCAAUUCCAGAGAGCGGCUUCAGCUCAGUCUCCGUUUGCCGUGCUGGAGGUGGACAGCUCGGUGUUCGACAGCAGGGAAAUGGUUCAGAGGCUGUCCUUCGGGCUCUCCUUCCUGCAGAGGAUGGAUAUGAAGCCUGUGGUGGUGAUGGGCUGGUCAGAACGAGAAGAGACCGGGUCCAAGGAGCCGGUGGCAGGUUCUCGUUGCACCCGAGGGCUUGUAGAGAGGAGCCAGCAGCUGACCGAGGCUUUGCAGCAGCACUCGGCUACCGUCCUGCCGCUCUUCUCCGCUGAGUCCUUCCUCCUGCUGCAUGAAGCCCCACGUGGAAGCAGUGCCCCACCCUCCAUCACCGUGGAAACCAGCCUCCUCCAGUGGAGCCUGGACUGCGGGACGAUCCCACUGGUUUGUCCGGUGGGGAGGGAUGGGCGAGGUUGCUCAGCGAUGUUGGACCCAACGGAGGUGACGGCAGCUAUUUCCCGAGCUCUGCAACCGCAUAAAGUCAUGUUCCUGAACAACUCGGGAGGCCUCCGCAGCCAAGAACACAAGGUGCUGGACACAGUGUCGCUGCCUAGUGACCUGCCCAGUCUGUCUACGGCGGCCUGGCUGAGGCCUGUAGAGCGGCGCAGAGUGACCACCAUAGCCAGGCUGCUCAAUCAGCUGUCGACUGAGUCCUCUGCAGUGAUCACCUCCGCCGACACGCUGCUCACCGAGCUGUUCAGCCACAGAGGCUCUGGGACUCUCUUUAAAAACGGAGACCCCAUCCACCGGUACAACUCUCUGGAUGAGAUUGAUGUAGAGCGUCUGCUAGCUCUCAUUAAUAAGUCGUUCGAUAAAACUCUGAAGCGAGACUACAUCGACUCUCUGGAAGGACGACUGCACUCCAUCUACCUCUCUGAUGGCUACAGCGCGGCAGCCAUCAUCACCAUGGAGCCGGUGAACAACGGCACUCCCUACCUUGACAAGUUUGUAAUCAGCAGCAGUAAACAGGGUCAGGGCACCAGCCAUAUCCUGUGGGAAUGUAUCAGACAGGACCUGGGCAAACUGUUCUGGAGGUCCAGGGCCACCAACAGGAUCAAUCCCUGGUACUUUAAACAUUGCGAUGGCAGUUUUGUUAAUGGCGUGUGGACCGUCUUCUGGUUCGGCCUGACAGACAUCAGAGAUUCCUACGGGCUGGUGGAGUACGCCAAGAACCUCCCUGACUCUUUCCACGCCUCCUCCAUCUCCACCUCCCAGCAGCCCCCGACACCCACCGCCGGAUCCUGAGCCGUCUCCUCUCAGCCGCUGGUUGUGUGGAUAAUAAACUGCGGAGGGCUAUUUGCGCUGUACUUCUUUCUGCUCUGAGCGUUUUCUUUUUUGUUCAGACUUGGAGCUGUGGACUUUGUUUUCUCACUUAUGCUCUAACUGGACUUUGUUCUGGGUUUUUUGGGUGUGUUGAAACUUGAAAGCCAAAGCUGCAGUGAGAAUUUCAUACUUGCAAUAUUGUGACAAGCUAUAAAUCAUCCUCUACUUAUAAGGUCAGGGUUAACUUAAGCAUUCUAGUGAUUAGGGUUGAGGGUGUCUUUUCACUCUGCCGACAAAACACUGACACUAAGGUAGCAUUAUUUAAAAAGGAAAUGUUUACCGUUUAUUUUUGUGUUAUUUUUCUUUGCACAUUCAAAAGUAGUCUUACAUUGUAACGGGAACCAGGAAAUUCAGCAUGAUUACUGUAAUGCGUGCAUUUACAAACACAGCUGUGACGCCUCCAGAUCUUUCUGUGAUCACUUGUUUUGAGGUGCCAAUACCUGACCAUAACGAGUCCUCUGCUCAGCCUCUGAUAACAGUUGCAUGAUGAUUUCUGUGGCUCUGUAGGGAGAUUUUUUGAUGUCAUCCUUGGCUUUGGUUUGGAAACAACACUCUUAACACAAAGCCUACGUUACAAACUGAGGGUGGAGUGUUUUUAGUCCUAAAUUUACCUUGAACACUUGAUAAAUACGGGUCCAGAUCUGACGUGUUAAGGCAUUACAUUUUUUUAUCUAUAUGAUAAGCUUAGAAUUUUUUUCCAUUAACAGUUAUAACUUUAAGAAGGGUUAGAAGAUGUUACAGAGUGUUUUUUGUUUAUUUUAUUUUGAAAUUUUAGCCUGAAAAUACUCAUUUCACUGUCAGGCUGUUUUCCAUGAUAUGUGAUGUUCCUGGCUAAGCAAGAUGUAAUGAUCUGCUGGUCAGAUGGUGGAGGUCAGUGCCAUUUUGUUUCUGAUCUGUGGAUCAGCAGUGUUUACACAAGCAGGUUGUGCGGAGGAGAGAUGGUGUGCAGGCUGAUGGAUCAAAUGAAAACCAAAAACUGUACACACCUAAGGCCUGUCCGCCUUUGUGGGAGAGGAAGUUACAAAGAAAAAUGUAAAUUCGACUUGUGUGCUCCAGGAUUAUUUUAUGUUAGGCAAAAACAUUCAAAUAAUAAACCUGGAUGCGUCAACCAAC